AUGUUUCCGUUCUUCCUUCUACAGCUUGCCGCCCUUGCGGUCGCAGUCGCUAUCAACGAACCAGUCCCCAACUAUGGUCCCUUCUGCGGCACUCCGUCGCCCGUGUUCAAAAAUGGUACGAAAGUAACUGAUUGGGCGGAGUACUUCGAGGAACUUGAGACGAUGUCUGGUCAGAACGGUCAAGGUGCUACUGACGCCUGGGGCUCGAGUCCUGGACCAAUUCGUUGGCCACGCGACUCAACAAACAACGUCGUUAUCCCAUACUGCUUCACACAGGAGUGGGAUCGCCACAAUAUCCGUCACAUCACGGAGAGUGGUAUGGCGAAGUGGGUUGAGUAUCUUGGCGGCGCCGCGGGUAAAGAAUCCGGCCACGCUAUCAGCUUCAAAGAGCGCUUGACCAGCGAUGGAAAGCCCAUGUACUGUGCACCCGUCAAGAAAUACCGAGAUGGCUGGAACGCAGGUAUACCUCAUGACACUGUGGCCAUCGAAUUCACCGACGGCGCUGGCUGGGGCGCCGCUGUGGGCCUGACGCAAAACGGAAAGCCCUGGCAGAAUCUGGUUCGCCUCGCCGAUGGCUUUACGCUCGGUGGUGUUCUACACGAGCUUGGUCACGUACUGGGCAUGGCGCAUGAACACAACCGCAACGACCGCGAAAAAUACAUCAAAGUACAAUACAAGCAACUUGCCGACUGGGAAGACUGCUGGCAUCGCGCCCGUCAAGCGGAAGGUGACCGCAUCACCGAAGACGGACUCUGCCUAUCCAUGUACCGCGCUCUGAAGUACCAAUGUACCUGCGUCGCCUUCAUCAAGAACUUUGUCGAACCCGGCUGGCCCAUCCAAGCGGCCUCCGGCUACGACCUCGCGAGCGUCAUGCACUAUCCUAGCCGCAACGGCUAUGCAAAGGCAGAUUGCAAUGACAACGGUGUGGACUGUCCCAUUCAGGCCUACCUCGACUCGAAUGACCAUGGCGAGGGACUUGGGCUGCUGGAACGCGCUACGAAGCCGAGCGAGAUGGAUAUCAUCUGGGUUAAGCAGAAUUACCCUUGGAAUGUGGAUGCUUGA